AUGGUGGAAAGCGAAGACAGACUGGAGCCAGAAUCCCGCAACGAGACCAGAGAAUUGAAGCAAUGGCUAGCCAAAUCCAACUGCCAACAUCAUUACUCCAAGUUUGUGGAGAACGGCAUCACCUAUGAUCUAGUUCCUGAACUUGACACCGAGUCCUUGAAAGAGCUCGGAAUAACCAAGCUUGGCGAGCGACUCCGUUUGGAGUUGGCCAUUGGAGACAUGAAGGCAGAGCAGCUUCUGUCCCACGUCAACGUCAAUGAGCUCUUUCGUUUGAUGAACGUCCACUUCCUGACGCUUGCAGGCCUCGAUUCAAACAAAAGCAUCACUUUCAUCUUGCAAGAUGGAUCCACGAAGAGAGUUAAUGUCACUGGCUGCUUCAACGCCCAGUCCAUUAAGCGGAAAGUUUUGAAACGGUUGGGAAUCAAGCAGCAAGAGGCUUCAUAUGACACCUAUAUCCAUUCAUCUAACAAUGUGGAGGGUAUGGCGGUCAGUCUUUUGUUUGAUGUGGAGUUAGUGACAAUAUGCUUCUCCCCUGACAGAUUGGAAAAGCACAGAAUUAUUCUUUGUUCCAAGAACGAGACUCCUUCUGCCGCAGCUAUCGAAGCCUCAAGGCGAAUCAUGAACAAGUACGAUAAGUUCCAGUCUUCCAAAUUAAUAAGUCAAGACAGUCUCAGUCAAUACCACAUCCCAGAUCCUAAGAAGGUCAACAUCAAGAAACCAACAUUGAGAAAUUUCUUUGGCCAGAGACCCCCAAGUGAAUUAAUUUCCUCGAAUUUGGCUGAAUAUUUCCCCGAUACCCGUCAAAAGGAUUUGGAGGCCACCGUUAGGAACUCUGUCAGGUACAGUGUUCGUCUUUCUCGUCGUUUCAAUCUUGCACCUGGGCAAAAGAACAGCAGCGCGCCACCGGCACGAACUAUUGGUGAUGUGAUGGUUAACAAUAUCACCGCAAUUGACGAAAUCGUGAAUUCAAACGAUGGUCUGCCGAUGUUUAGUAAACCACCAUCUAUUCAUUCAAACACCAGUGGGCCAGCAGAUGCAAGAUCAAUUCACUCCGGAAGCAAGCUUCACAAUUCGCAUCAAAGAAUCUCGAUUGCUGCAAGCUUUGCUGAUACCUCAGGAGGAAACAACAACAGAUACUCUCGCAUUGAGUUGUUCAAUGUGGAUUCAGACUCCGACGAUGCUGAAGACUUUUUGGCAGAGUAUGCUGAGGAAGAUGAGUUUGAGGUCAAUGGAUUGGAAUCAAUAUCCGAGGACGGUCCAAAAAACUGGUUGAAGGGUACAAGGAUUGGGGCGGGAAGCUUUGGUACAGUUUAUUUGGGUAUGAAUCCACUCACAGGCGAAUUGAUGGCCGUAAAGCAAAUCCCAUUACCGAAUAAGAACAGUUCUACAGAUAUUCAGAAAUCAAUGUUGGAACAACAACGAGAAAUGUUGUUGCUUAAGGAAUUGAACCACGAAAACAUUGUCCGUUACUUUGGUGCCUCUACAGACGAGAAUUUCCUCAACAUUUUCUUGGAGUACGUUCCCGGAGGGUCGGUGCAAUCGAUGUUGUCCUCAUAUGGACCAUUUGAAGAGCCUUUGAUCCGUAAUUUCAUCCGUCAAGUGUUGAUUGGGUUGAAUUAUCUACACGGAGAAGAUAUUAUCCAUCGUGAUAUAAAGGGUGCCAAUAUUCUUAUCGACAUCAAAGGAACGGUCAAGAUUGGAGAUUUUGGAAUUUCCAAAAAGGUUAGUAGUAUAGAUGAGGACGAGAGUGAAAAGAAGGCCAGCAGAAGGGCGUCGCUCCAGGGCUCUGUCUACUGGAUGGCACCAGAGGUCGUCAAGCAAACUGCAUAUACCAACAAAGCAGACAUCUGGUCUGUGGGGUGUUUGAUUGUGGAAAUGUUCACGGGAAAGCAUCCAUUUCCCGAAUUCAGUCAGAUGCAGGCCAUUUUUAAGAUAGGAACUCAUAUUGUCCCACAAAUCCCCGAGUGGUGUACGCUUGAGGCGAAGGAUUUCUUGGGGAAGACGUUCGAGAUCGACUACCAGAACCGCCCGGAUGCGGUGCAGCUUCUUUCCGACGCUUUUUUGAACCCAUUGAUCCUUUCCAAGGAAUAG